AUGGAUGUUGACGUCGAAACCCCCGGAAGCCAAGAAGCUCCAGUUUAUGUGGAUCAACAAGGCCGAUGGAAACACCUUUACAACGUCCUAAGCAAGCGGGGUCCUUAUACAGACGAAGACUGGAUCCCUGGCCCCGAAACUAUUCAGUCUCUUGAAUCUUCUAAAAUUCUCGGAGCUGGAGGCCUAGGAUGUGAGAUCUUGAAGAAUUUGGCUUUGUCGGGCUUCAAAGACAUCCACGUUAUCGACAUGGACACUAUUGAUAUCUCAAAUUUGAACCGGCAAUUCCUUUUCCGCCAGGCUGAUAUCGGAAAACCGAAAGCCGAGGUUGCCGCUGCUUUUGUGGAGAAGAGAGUCAAGGGAGUCACCAUUACACCUUAUGUUGGAAAGAUCCAAGAUAAGGAUGAAGACUACUAUAUGCAAUUUAAGAUUAUCAUCUGUGGACUGGACAGUAUCGAAGCUCGACGCUGGAUCAAUGCUACGUUGAUCUCGAUGGUUGAUAUGGAAGAUCCUGAGAGUCUGAAGCCUCUAGUUGACGGCGGAACUGAAGGUUUCAAGGGACAAGCACGUGUGAUCCUGCCCACACUCUCAUCAUGCAUUGAAUGCCAACUUGAUAUGCACGCUCCCCGUCCAGCAGUCCCUCUCUGCACUAUUGCCACCAUCCCACGCCAGCCUCAACAUUGCAUCGAGUGGGCCCACCAGAUCGCAUGGCAAGAGAAGCGUAAAGAUGAUUCCUUCGACAGCGACGAUAUGGAACAUAUCUCGUGGGUGUACAAUGCCGCCUAUGAACGAGCACAGCAUUUUCACAUCCACGGUGUGACCUUCCAGAUGACCCAGGGCGUGGUCAAGAACAUCAUACCUGCUAUCGCAUCAACGAAUGCUGUUAUUGCGGCAUCCACAACAUCUGAGGUGCUCAAGAUCGCCAGCUCUUGCAACCCAUACCUAUCCAACUACAUGAUGUAUGCUGGCGAGGAAGGGGUGUACACCUACACUUUCGAGGCGGAGAAGAAGCCCGACUGCCCGGUGUGUGGCAACCUUGCCCGGAAGUUGAACGUGGAUCCCAAUAUCACGCUGGGUGAAUUUAUCGAAAGCCUUGGCGAGAGGGCCGAGUCUCAGCUGAAGAAACCUAGCAUGCGAACAGAAGAGAAAACCCUCUACCAGCGCUUCCCGCCUCAGCUGGAGGAAAUGACGAGACCUAACUUGAAGCUGAAACUGGCAGAGCUGCUCGAGGAUGGCCAGGAGAUUGCUGUUAGCGACCCGGCCUACACCAUUGACUUCCGCUUCCGUCUUGACUUCAAUCAAGCGUAG